CUACAACAAGCGCAUCAACGGACAUGCAAGUAUAAGUGAAGCACUCACUUUCCAGCAAUUAUUACUAUAUAUGAAAAUAAAGCAUUACAGACAUGAGUGAUCCCACGUGUUUGCCAUUUCCGGCGCUUCUUAUAAGAUACGGGGGUCUAGCUGCAUCUAUUUCAAUUGCCGUGAAAGCUGCCACCGAAAAAAGAAGCUCAGAAAGCCUUGACAGGAUGCGCCGCGAUGUUCUGAAAUUGAAAGUAAAACUGCACGCGCGAUGAGCUACAGGCUUGUGUGAUCGCACUUGACUGCCCCCUUUAGAUGAAAACGCGAUCCUGUUACACAGCAAGUGAGGGCUGGCCGGUGUUUUUCCACUCACGCCGGCUUUCUGAUGGCUACCCAUUUUAAGACAAAGGUCAGGAAGAACGGCUUAUAAAUUACUUUUUGUCUGGUAAUUCUCUUACUCAGUGCGUGGAGAUCUCGCCUUUGACAAGAGGACAGCAAUAACUGGAAAGGAAUCCUAAGCAGACAAUAGCAGAGCAACAUGGCCCAGAAAGAGAAACUGCAGUGUUUAAAGGAUUUCCACAAGGAUACCCUGAAACCAUCCCCUGGAAAGAGCCCCGGAACAAGACCUGAAGAUGAGGCUGAGGGAAAGCCACCACAGAGGGAGAAGUGGGCAAGCAAGCUCGACUUUGUUCUUUCGGUAGCAGGAGGCUUUGUUGGUUUAGGAAACGUCUGGCGUUUUCCAUACCUCUGCUAUAAAAAUGGCGGAGGUGCAUUUCUCAUUCCGUACUUCAUUUUCCUGUUUGGCGGAGGGCUACCAGUGUUUUUCCUAGAAGUGGCCUUAGGCCAGUUCACCUCUCAGGGUGGAAUCACCUGCUGGGAGAAGCUCUGCCCCAUUUUUACUGGUAUUGGUUACGCUUCCAUUGUGAUUGUCUCCUUGCUUAACGUGUAUUAUAUCGUCAUCUUGGCAUGGGGUCUCUACUACCUGUUUCAGAGUUUCCGCUCAGAGCUGCCAUGGGCCAAGUGUGAUCAGGAAUGGAAUACGCCCAGCUGCGUGGAGGACACCCUUCGUCAGAACAAGACGCUGUGGCUUUCAGUGAACAUCACCAACUUUACCUCACCUGUCACUGAAUUCUGGGAGAGGAACGUCCUUAGCAUUUCUAGUGGAAUUGAGGAAGUGGGCGUUCUGAAAUGGGACCUUGCUUUGUGCCUCUUGGCUGUCUGGGUCAUUUGCUUCUUUUGCAUUUGGAAGGGGGUCAGAUCUACAGGGAAGGUUGUUUAUUUUACUGCAACAUUCCCAUUCAUCAUGCUUUUCAUUUUGCUGAUUCGUGGAGUUACUCUACCAGGAGCAGUUGAGGGAAUCAAAUUUUAUCUUUAUCCUGAUAUCACACGCUUAGCGGAUCCAGAGGUGUGGAUCGAUGCAGGGACGCAAAUCUUCUUUUCAUACGCGAUAUGUUUGGGGGCAAUGACAUCACUGGGGAGCUACAACAAAUUCAAAUACAACUGUUACAGGGACUGUUUGCUGCUCGGAUGUCUGAACAGUGGUACCAGUUUUGUGUCUGGCUUCGCAAUAUUUUCCGUCCUGGGCUUCAUGGCACAAGAGCAAGGGGUGGACAUUGCCGAUGUGGCAGAGUCAGGUCCUGGCCUGGCUUUUAUUGCCUACCCUAAAGCAGUGACCAUGAUGCCUUUGCCAACAUUAUGGGCUAUUCUCUUCUUUCUAAUGCUUUUGCUGUUGGGUCUUGACAGUCAGUUUGUCGAAGUGGAAGGGCAGAUCACAUCAUUAGUUGAUCUGUACCCAUCCUUCCUAAGGAAGGGUUAUCGACGGGAAAUCUUCACAGCUAUAGUGUGCAUUCUCAGCUAUCUUCUGGGACUUACUAUGGUUACUGAAGGUGGCAUGUAUGUGUUUCAACUCUUUGACUACUAUGCAGCCAGUGGUGUGUGCCUUUUGUGGGUUGCAUUCUUUGAAUGUGUUGCUGUAGCCUGGGUUUAUGGCGCUGAUAAUUUCUAUGAUGCAAUUGAAGAUAUGAUUGGCUAUAGACCAAAUCCCUGGAUGAAAUGGAGCUGGUCGGUAAUCACCCCAGUCUUAUGUGUGAGUUGCUUUAUCUUUUCCUUGGCCAAAUAUACACCGUUGAGAUACAACAAGACAUAUGAAUAUCCGGAGUGGGCAAUUGGCCUUGGUUGGACCAUGGCACUCUCCUCAAUGAUAUGCAUCCCAGUGGUGGUGGUGAUCAAGAUUUUUCAGUCAGAUGGACCGCUCAUUGAGCGGAUUAAAGCUGUUGCAGCCCCAGUUGUAGGGGCAAGUUCAUGUCCUGCUGAGCUCCACCUGCAAAACAGCAUCAAGGAGAAAGAACCCCUCUCGCGCAUGGAUCCAAAUGGGAACAAUGGUUUGAUAAAGCCAACCCACACCAUUGUAGAGACUAUGAUGUGAGCACUCUCUGUGAGAGGACCGAAGACGAGUGGUGCAAAUUCAAUUUACUAAUGUUAGAACUUUAGGACCAGGUUUACAUUGUUGAGUAUAUAUUUGUCUUUUAAAAUAUUUAUACAUACUGUACACUAUAUAUAUUUUGCAUUCUGUACUUAGAUAUGAUAAUCUUAUAAAAUAAGGCAGUAUUUUUAAUGAGUAUUUUUACUCCUUUUUUGUAGACUAUAAAAAAAAGCUUUUUUGGGGUAUUUACAGUUUAGGAAUGAAGCAGAAUAUUGUGGUUUAAAGGAAUGGGAUCAUAGGGGUUAGCGUUUCUUACAAAGUUUCAUCAUGUUAAACCUUCUUUAUAUUUUAUCAUCUCAUCACUCCAUUGUAUUACUCUUAGUUACUUUGCAGUAUGAUUUUGUUGUUCCAAUAAUAUAUUUUUAUAGUAGACAUCAUGAUGGCUUAGUAGUCAGCACUGCUAUCUCAUAGCUCCAGAGUCCUUGGUUCAAAUACAAUCCGGUGACGGUUUGUGUAGCGUUUGCUCAUCGUCGCCACCAUGUCUGCAUGGAUGGUUUCUCACUGUACUCUGGUUACCUCCUGAAGAGAUGCAAGAUGGGCUAUUUGAUAGGACGUAGGUAUGACUGGGCACCCACCCAGGGAUGGCUCUCAUCCUGCACCACGUGUUUGAAUCAGCAAGUUCAGAAAAUCAAUACAUGUAUUCAUUUUUUUUUCCUGCAGCUAUGUUAAAUAUAUUGCUAAGGAUAUAAAAUUCUCAGACCCUGCUAAUAGCAGCCAAGUGCUCAAAGGAAAGGUGUGCUAUACCAAAGUGAACCACUGUGAAUUUUUUUUUUCCUUUUUAUGAACAUCAUCAGUACUUGAAGUAGAAUGGUGCUCACCAGAACAGCAUACCGGCACUUUUCCAUCUUGCUGUUCAGACUAUUGAAAAUUUUUCUUACAUACAUGUUUGAAGUCAGCCGUUACUCACCAUUAUUCAGUACAAGAACUUCUACUUGUUUUUGUACUCUUUGGAGUCACUUGAUUUCUUUCAGUACUCCGUACCGGCAUGUCUUACAACCUCUCAGUACUGUAAUGCCAUAUGUAGUAACCAGCAGCUAUCUCCUGGGAAUUGUAGUGAGGGGGGCACCCACCCACUUCCAUGGUCUCCUGGUUAACAUAUGACCAAAUACCCCCUUCCUGUCCAACUUUUAGCUGAAGAAGCCGGAGGUGGUGUACCACCUCUUCUGUUUUCCACUUUAACUACGGAGCAUCAUAAUACUGUAGCACUCUGUGACUCUUCAAUUUCUUUACUGUCAUAUUGAAAGCUGUGACCCGACAUUUGCGCGAUAGACAUAUGCGCGCCGACAAAAUAGCAGAGAUUAAAAACGCGCCGACAAAAUCGCGAAAGUUUACUAG